AUGGCUAAAGAAGGUACAUUCUUUACUGGGCCAGUCCCUAACUAUACUGGAGUUGGUUGCUUGAGGACAGGAACCAGUGAAUCAACAGACCAGGUAGCCACGCCCCCAGGAGCUUGUGAAAAAGGCCUCGGCUGUCAGCGCUGUGGUCGCCAAUUUCACUGUGGAGGGAUCCAUCCCCCGAACUCUGAUGACAUCAGUUCUCUGCCAGGGUGGACCCUGGUUUCCUUGCCAGGGUGUCCGAUGGGAAGAAGCGAGUUUUUGAACUGGGCACGGUAUUUGUUGGUAAAAGGCAGUUGUGGCUGUUUUUUCCCCAACCCAUCUCCAACUCUCUCCUUGUUUUCCCCCAACCCCUGUCCUUGCCUAGCCCUAACCUAUCCUAAACUUUCCAGGGACAUCCAGACCCAUCGAUCAUCAACUUGGGUCAAACCAUGCACCCCCUCGCAUGGAUCUAGACGGGCAGAAGACACCUCCCAGACCGGGCACUCUGGAGCACAGCGCCCAAAAUCCACAGCUUCCUCUGCAGGUAAACCACCUCGCAUUGGAGAUUAUACAGUAGUGAAAACCCUUGGCAAGGGGACCUUCGCCAAAGUCAUGCUGGCCCGUCACGUCAUCACAGGUAAAGAAGUGGCAAUCAAGAUCAUCGAUAAGAGACAUCUGAAGCCACAAGUCCUCCAAAAGAUGUACAGAGAGGUGAGAAUCCUCAAGAUGUUAGACCACCCACACAUCCUGAAGCUCUAUGAAGCUCUGGACUGCGAAAAAGCACUCUGUUUGGUCCUGGAGUACGCCAGUGGAGGGGGAGUUUUGGACUAUCUGGCCAACAAAGGAAGGCUGCAGGAAGAGGAGGCAAGAUCUAUAUUCCGGCAGGUCGUGUCUGCAGUCCAAUAUUGUCACCAAAAGCAGGUCGCCCACCGAGACCUGAAGGCGGACAAUCUGUUAUUAGACUCACAGAUGAAGAUCAAGGUAGCCGAUUUUGGACUCAGCAACGUGUUUACACUUGGGUGUAAACUCGACACGUUUUGCGGCAGUCCACCCUACGCAGCUCCAGAGCUCUUCCAGCGCAUAGAGUAUGAUGGUCCCGAAGUGGAUGUGUGGAGUCUUGGCGUGGUUCUGUACACCCUAGUCACCGGGUCGCUUCCUUUUGUUGGGGACAAUGUGAAAGAAAUUAGAGACAGAGUGCUACAAGGUAGAUACCAAAUCCCUCUGUACAUGUCAACAGAAUGUGAAAAUCUGCUGAAACGCUUGCUGGUGCUCAAUCCAACUAAGCGCAGCACCCUGGCCGAAAUUAUGGGAGACAGGUGGAUCAACAGAGGCCUUGAUGUCCUCCAACCUCUUGUUGGUCCAGAGGUGGCCAUCUCCCACAGAAACAUCUCAUUGGCUAAGCUGCUGCCAAGCAGGGUCCUCAGAAAGAGCACCAGCUGGCCUCCUCACCGCAAAGUGCAGCGAAGCGUUUCCACUCAGAAGCAGACACAGUCCCUGGACCAUGCUGGAACUGGGCCAUAUCUGACCAGCACUGCCCAGAGUCACCUCAGAGAACAUCAAAUGGCCUCCCAGAAAUCCGGUGGCAGUGCUGUGGGAGGAAAGGGAAUUUCUCCAGCCAGGCCCCUACCUGGGAUCACCACCAGUCCCAAGGAGCUGGAGACUCCUGAAUUCAAGAAAAUGCCUGCUGCCUACAAGAGCAGCACACCAUCUGGAGGGAAGACACUGUGGAGUAAGUAUUGCCGCAAAACAACCAAAGCAGACACACGUUCAGUGAGCCGGAAUGGUCAGAACAACAGCAACUUCCCUGCUCAGAGCCCUCCAGUGACUUCAACCCACAGUGUCCCAAGUACCUCCACCCGGGGCUGCAUCUGCUUCCCCAGAGCCAGUGUCCUUCGUAGAAUGUUCCACCGCCAGCCCCGGGAAUCCGAAACUGCAACACACGAAGGUCCUCUUGCCUCACCCAGCUGCUUCCAUCCAGCUGAAGCAUUGCCCCAGACUCAAAGAAGAGGCACCACUGGUGUUUUUACUAAGUUAACAUCUAAAUUCACAAGAAGGCCUCCAACUGAGUCUGAGAAGACCCUGAGAUAUAAGGGUUCAAGUCAACAUGUCUCUGCUGAGCAGAGAAAGGAGAACCAACAAGCAAAACCUCGCUCCCUGCACUUCACCUGGGGCAUGAAAAUCACUAGUGCCAUGGAUCCUAGUGACAUCAUGAGGGAAAUCCGCAAGGUGCUAGAUGCCAACAACUGCCAAUAUAUGCACAAGACGCCCUUUCUGCUCCUUUGCAUCUAUGGAGAUGGGUACACCGAGAAAGUGGUGCAGUGGGAGAUGGAGGUAUGUAAACUUCCCAGACUGUCUUUAAACGGGGUCCGCUUUAAGCCCAUAUCAGAGAAAUCCAAGGCAUUCAAAAAUAUUGCUUCCAAAAUUGCCAGUGAGCUCAAACUGGAACCCAGUCAUUAGGAUGUAAAUUCAGCAGCAACUUGAAGUGUUUUCCUCAACACUGAUGGACAUAUAGAAUAACAUUUAGGCAAUUGUUGGGAGCAAUGACUAAAUUAGGGUUCUUUAAUUGUCCCGGGAGGUGAUGCCCCUCGUGGGAAUUCUUGAUGCAAGGCGCUGGUCAAGACUGCCCAGUUUCUUGGGUGAAGACCUGUUCCACCUGUCCCACCCAGGGAGCUAUUCAGUUCUUGAACUUGUGGUUCAGGUGGCAGGGCUCAGCGGUGGAACGUUAUGGGCACAAGCUGCUACUCAUAAUUGGACUGGUCAUACAUAUGACCUUGGUUUUGAUGGCUUUGCCCAAAUUUUCUCACAAAAAAAACCUUUUAAGUAUGAAACUUAUGUAACAAAUGUGUUGAGCUGGCUCCUGACCGUUGCACUCUACCAGAGUGUAAUCGACACCCAGUUCCAGCUUUUUCACCCCUUGGAUUUCUGACUUUUCUCAUCCCCCAUGGCCCCUCAUCUGGUUUCCUCAAUCAACCACCCUGCAGGUGGCAGCAGAUGGGACCCAAACAGGCUAUUACACUAUGGAGUGCAAUGACCACAAGCCUUCUCAGUGUGAUCAAUGAAAGGGGUUUUGGGAGAAAGUUUGUGCAAAGCAAGCAAAACAGGGUCAUAAGUAGGGGCAACCCGAUUAUGAUGACCAGCUUGCUUUGAUAAACUUCUAACUCCUACACCUGGCAUCCAAACCUCAUGGUCAAGAAGUGAAGAACUCCAUGAGUGUCACAGAACCUCUGUUUGAACAGAUAAGUUCCCAUAGCAACUGGGAAGUCUCAAGGGGCGCUUUCCCACUGAGAGUUCCCAAGACAGCUUUUGGCUUUAUCACAGAACAUUUCAAAAACACUAAUUCGCUGCUUCAGCGAGGCAUUGUCAUUUCCAUCUUCCAUCUUCUACUUCAUGACCUGAAAAUCUGAGGUGAAGAACACCACACCUGGGAGUGGAAGCUGGCCUUUACUAUGAAUGCCCUAAAGUCAUGAGACACCAAAAAAGAAAAAGAGAGAGAAAGUUGCAUUUGAGACAUGCCAAUUCCUCACAGUACAGUGCUCCAUCAAUGGCUUUCAUUUCAGAGGUACUCCAUCUCUCCUUACAUGCUCUCCAUUGGAUGAUCCCAAGACAGCCAUUGCCUCUGUCACAGACCUGUAAAGAACUCUAAUGCAGUUGCUGCUUCAGACAGUCAUUGUCAUUUCCAUCUUCCAUCUUCUACAUCAUGACAGUAAAAUCUGAGGAAAAGAACACCAUGACUGGGAGUGGAAACUGCAGUUUACUAUGAAUGCCCUAAAAUCAAGGGACACCAGAAAAGUAAGAAAGAAAGAGCCAUUUAAGACCUGCAAAUUCCUAACACUACAGUAAUGCAUUAAAGGCGUCCAUUUCAGUGGUAAUCCAUUUCUCCUAACAUAUUCUCCAUUGAAUGUUUCCAAGACAGACCUCGCCUCUGUCAGAUCAUUCAAGAACCCUAAUCCAGUAGCUGCCUCAUACUAGCAUUGUUGUUUCCAUCGUCCAUGUUCUACAU